AUGGGAAAGGAAAAGAUUCAUAUCAACAUUGUUGUCAUCGGACACGUCGACUCUGGAAAGUCUACCACUACCGGACAUCUCAUCUACAAAUGUGGAGGAAUUGACAAGAGAACCAUCGAAAAGUUCGAGAAGGAAGCCCAAGAAAUGGGUAAAGGUUCCUUCAAGUACGCUUGGGUACUCGAUAAGCUGAAGGCUGAGCGUGAACGUGGUAUCACCAUCGAUAUUGCUCUCUGGAAGUUCGAAACUGCCAAGUACUACAUCACCAUCAUCGAUGCCCCAGGACAUCGUGAUUUCAUCAAGAACAUGAUCACUGGUACUUCCCAAGCCGAUUGCGCCGUCCUCGUUGUUGCUUGCGGUACUGGAGAAUUCGAAGCUGGAAUCUCUAAGAACGGACAAACUCGUGAACACGCUCUUCUCGCCCAAACUCUUGGAGUAAAGCAACUUAUUGUUGCCUGCAACAAGAUGGACUCCACCGAGCCACCAUUCUCUGAGGCCCGUUUCACCGAAAUCGUCAAUGAAGUCAAGUCCUUCAUCAAGAAGAUCGGAUACAACCCAGCUACUGUUGCCUUUGUCCCAAUCUCUGGAUUCAACGGUGAUAACAUGCUCGAAGAGAAGGUUGACCGUCGUUCCGGAAAGAAGGUUGAGGAUAACCCAAAAUUCCUCAAGUCUGGAGAUGCUGGUAUUGUCGAGCUUCACCCAACCAAGCCACUUUGCGUUGAAUCUUUCACCGACUACGCCCCACUCGGACGUUUCGCUGUUCGUGAUAUGAGACAAACUGUUGCUGUCGGAGUCAUCAAGUCUGUUGACAAAUCUGCUGGAGGAUCUGGAAAGGUCACCAAGUCAGCCCAAAAGGCUGGAGGAGCUGCUGGAAAGAAGAAGUAA